UUUAAAAUAUUUAAUUAAGUCUUCAAACAAAAAAUAUAAUUUAAAAAAUAAUUUCAAUUUUUCAGCCUCCAUUCUGCCCAGAUUUAAUAACUUCACAGCCAGAUUCUGUUUUAGCCGAUUUACCUUCCUCAUUCAAACAAAGGCGUCGACGUGUUCACCGUCGACAUUUAUUAAUUCAAAAAGAAGAAAAAAAUAUUUUGGGAAUGACAGAAAUUAAUGUUAAAGUUAAUUUUUGUGUUUUUGAGAAGAAUAUAACAACAACAACAGCAAAUAGUACAUGUAAAAUAAAUUCUUCUCAAAGAGAAGGAAAAGAAGAAAAUCAAACAAUUAUAAAAACUCUUCCAGAAAACCAAAUAAAAAAUGGUAAAAAUAAAAUAUAAAUAAUUUU